UUUAUAUCGUCCUUUGUGGGCUACUCUGAUUUAAAAGCAGACUAAUGACUUUAUCAGAGAACAGAGAGAAGUGACCUAACACUACAACAAAAUGAAGCUUUUAGCUUCAGCCCUUCUUCUAGCACUACUGCAGUGCUCCACUGCCCAAAGCGACACAAGUAUCACCACUGCAGACUGCGACACCAUUGAAACAGACGCAGGAGCGGCCCUGGAUUUGGUCAACAAACACCGCAGAGACGGCUACGUUUUUGGUUUAUUCCGUGUUGUUGAUGCCUACAAGCAACAUAUAGAAAAUGUAUCAAUCCUUUACUUAACUUUGGAUGUGCUGGAAACAGAAUGCUCAGUAUUAUCUGGAAAACGCUGGGAAUCUUGUGAAUACAGCGAUGCAUAUUUCCAGGUCUUUGGGCAAUGUAAGAUUGUCACAUAUACAAGACAGUGGAUUAAAAAAACCCAGAAGUUAUAUGGAUUUAAUUGUACAGUAAGCCCAGUUCCUCCAGAUAUAUUGGAGUGCGAAGACUGUCCUGUGAAAUUUGAAGUCUUAGAAGUCACUGAGCAACACAAAGAUAUUGCUGCAAAGGCCCUGGAAAAAUACAACACUGAGAGUAACCACAGGAGCCACUUCAACGUGGACAAAGUUGAAAAAAUUUUAAAGAUGACGGGCUCCAGAGAAGGUCAUGUUGUAGAGUUCUCCAUAAAAGAGACCAACUGCUCCAAACCUGCACAGCAACACACAGACACGCUGCUGCAAUGCCAUUUUCUAGAUGACUGGCAUGCUCAAAAGGGAUUCUGCAAUGCAACGAUCGGUGUCCCAGAAGAAACGGAAGGAACCGAUAUAACCUGUGAACUCUACCAUCCCUGGGAUGAAACACGUCAUCUCCCUCAUCCUCCCCACCAUGGACCCCCUUGUCCUCAUCCUCCUCCCUACCAUGAUGGACCAGAUCAUCCCCCUCCUCCUCCCCAUCACGGACCACACUGCCCUCCUCCCCACCAUGAUGGACCACACCAUCCCCCUCCUCCUCCCCAUCAUGGACCACACUCCCCUCCUCCCCAUCAUGAUGGACCACACCAUCCCCCUCCCCAUCAUGGACCUCACUGCCCUCCUCCCCACCACCACGGACCACAGCAUCCCCCUCAUCCUCCCCACCAUGGUCCACACUGCCCUCCUCCUCCUCCAGGGCACCCUCGUUUCCACCAUCAUCACUAUCACAGACAUCACUGCAAUAAGACAAGCUCAUCAGGAAAGCACUUUCCAUUCCAAAUAGGAGCUGUCUAUCGCAUUCCAGUUCUAAACCAGCAGGACUCUCUCACCCUUCCCCUUGCAAAUUUUCUUCAGCUAUCCCAAAGUGACCAGCUAUCCCAAAGUGACCUCUCCGACACUGGGGAGGGCACUCCCUUCACUGGCUCAGGUCUAGAAAAAACAUCAGGAAUUCAUGAAUUUCCACAUCACCCUUCACAAUCAAAAUCAUGCCCAGGAAAACCCAAACUUCAUCUGCCUCAUAUUUUGCCUUUACUUUCGCAUGAAUCCACGGAAAAAAUCUCUCCUAAGUGUUCACAAAGGAAGGUGGUUUUGGCUUGA